AUGGCCUUCUGUACCGUCGAGUGCCCGCCGGGCGGCGCAAGCGCCUUCACGGCGCCGGCGGGGGCCGAGGACACCUCCUGCUCGGUGGUCUACGGCGUGCGCCGCGUGGAUCUCUUCCGGGACUUGGGGCUCAACAGGCAGGACUUCGGCGAGGGCGGCUCCACCGCGCACGCCGCGCAGCUGACCGCGCGCCUGGCGAGCGUGCUCAACGAGAUGUACGCUUGCGCGGCCUUCCGGCAGCUGCGCCGGCGCGGGGGGGACCCCGUGGCUUCGGAGUUGUGCCUCGCGGCCUUGUCUUGGCGCAUGAAGGUGCUCGAGGACGAUGUGCUGGAGGUGCUGCUGACGGGGCAGGUGCUCGCCGCGCCUGCGCGCCGCACGCCGCCCACGCUGCGGGAGCUCGGGCCCUCCCUGAGGUUCCUGGUGCCUCAGGGCACCGCCGCACUGCACCGCGCGGCCCCGCCGCCGGAGGAGGACCGCGCCUGGCGCCACGACGCCGACGCGGCGGGCGUGCCGCCGGCAGCCGCAGGCCCGCGCCUGCUGCGCCGGGCCCAGUGGCUGCAGCAGGAGCUGAUGUCACCGGUGCUGGUGUCCGCGCUGAGUUCGGUGCCGCACCGCCAGGUGCGCGACUACUGCGGGCUGGUGACAGUGCACAUGAUCAAGGAGACCGCCAACGUCGUGCGGCAGUUCGAGUCGCUGCAGGUGUUCUAUCGCGGGUUCGUUGCGGAGGCUCUGCUGACGGCCAGGGCGCACGUGCUGGCGAGGGGAGGCGACGCCCUGCUGAGCUUCCGCAUCAACACGCUCAAGCUGAGCGAGGACCGCCGACGCGCCUACGCGGUGAUCUCCAUCUCUGGGGACGCCGCCAAGCUCUGCGCCGGAGAAAAACCAAACGCCGCUGCUCCGCCUCCUCUGAUCUUCUGA